UGCUUUCUUAUUCUCGCCGCCACACAAGUUAUUUUUGCCCGCGAUUCAAUUCUCUGAAUCAAUCUCACGUACGGUAAGUCUUUCAUUUUCCUGCCAUGCUCAUGAACACAAAUUAAAGAAUUAAUUAAUGUUUAACUAGAUGGCCUUAUUAUCUCUACAUCACACGUUAUAUCUAUGAUCUUGCAGUAUAUCUACGCUAGCUUAGCUUUCAUAUUCGAUCGUUUAAUUAAUUAGUAAUUACACACUCGAUCGUCCGAUCAUAUGCAUGAAUGCUUGCAUAUUGUACUUUACUGUCACCUGGUAUGUAAUUCGCUCUGCUUUUUCAUGGUGUAGUGUUUACGUACACGUGUAUAUGUCAUACUACCUCUAUUUCAGAAUAAAACAACUUGUGAUUAUGUACAUAGACAUACUCUUAUUCAAAUACAGAGCUAAAAAUUUUAUAUUUUGAAACGGGGGUAGUAGUAGGGGAAAUUGUUUUCAUCCCUUAAGAUAUAUCCCUUUGUUUUUUAUACCACUUGAAUAGCUACCAAAAGAAUUGAAAAAAAAAUAGGCAUGAUAGAUCCAUAAGAAAUAUGCUAUUCUACAAAUAUGCAAAUUCAAAUUCAAUAUAUAGAAAUAAAAACAAAAAUAACAUAUUUAUUGCAAAUGGUGUGUACUAUUCGCAGUGAAAUUUGUUAUUUUCGCUUCUACUUAUAUAUGUUGAGUUUGAAUUUGUAUAUUUAUGAAAUGGCAUAUUUCAUAUUGAUCUAUCAUAUCCAUUUUUUUUCUCUUUAUUUAUGAUUUUUUAGCAAUAUGCACAAAACGAGAGGAUGUAUCUUCGUAUGGUUCAAAUCCUCUGCCUUAAUGACACCACUGCACUGACAUGCGGGGGUAAUAGGAUGGUCAGACCCAUAUAUCGGUGACUGUAAUGGUAGUGAUAUCAUGAUAGAUCGAUCGAAAUGGAAGAGGAGCAGCGGUUGCCGGCGGGGUUCCGGUUCUUCCCCACCGACGAGGAGCUCGUCACCUACUACCUCGCCAGGAAGGCCAUGGACGCCACCUUCACCUCCGCCGCCAUCCGCGACGUCGACCUCUACACCUCCGAUCCAUGGCACCUCCCAUGCGACUCGUCGGCGGCGAGCACCGGAGGCGGCGGCGGCGGCGAGUGCUACUUCUUCUGCAGACGGAGCAGCAAGUACCCGUCCGGCGCGCGCGUCCGCCGCGCGACGGCCGGCGGCUACUGGAAGUCGACGGGGAAGGACAAGGGCGUGUACGCUGCCGGCGGCGGCGGCGGGCUCGUGGGGACGAAGAAGACGCUGGUGUUCUACGAAGGGAGGGCGCCGCGAGGGGAGAAGACGAGCUGGGUGAUGCACGAGUACUCUAGAGCACCGAGCACCAACUUCAUCAGAGGAGCUCAGAGCGAGUGGGUGAUCUGCAGGGUGUUCAAGAAGCAGCCUCCAAUUGAACACUGGCUGGAAAUGGAGGAGGUGGAGACGACGACGACGACGACGACAGUGCAGGAGCACACGCCAAACCGGCGCCGUCUCCCUCCGGCGGAGGCUGCGGCGGCGCCGCCGCCGCCGUCCGGUCAGCCGUGGCAACACACGAGUCGCCGGUCCGGCGAUGGCCGUGCUGCCAUCGAUGGUGGCAACCGUGAGGAGGAGGAGGAUGAACAUGGCCUGGCUCGAGAGGAGUCGUCGUCUCCGGUGGUCAUCAGCUCACCAUCACGCUGCACCUCCUCACCGUCGUCUCGGCUUCUCAACCAUGAGCACCUUGGUGCUUCGUCGUCAGAUGACCUGCCGGAGUUGAUGGAGUUCGGCGACAUCUACGGCGGGAUCGCCGCCGGUGGCCCGACGGACCAGCAGGCCUCAUCAUCAAACUCAAAUUCCAUUUGCAACUUUCUCGACGAGCCAUACUACUGCUGGAACUUCUGAAUUUCUGACAGUUCAGAACUUAUAUGUACGUAUAUUAACUAAUCACUCAAUGUGCAGUCAGCAUAUGCAGUAAUGUAUAUAAAUGUUAUUAGGCGUAAAUCCAGUUUUAGGUGCAAGCAUGCAUGUUUUCUGAACAGAGAAUAUGCAUGUAGAUCAAUUGAAAUGUGUAGUUUAGCAUCUAGAAUAUACGGAUUGAUGCGUGUAAAGAACACUGGGUUGGAAGUUGGUACCAGGAUGUAGACAUCUGGGACCCAUAUGCAUGAUCCAACUCACUUUGUGUCAUGUACAUACAUACUUAUCUCGGUACUCUUCUCCAAAUUACGGGGAGUGCCUGUACUGUACAUGUACUAGCUGGUUUGGUAGCACAAAUUGUUGUAUAAAAAAGUAGUUAUUAUUGCAGAA